AUGUCUUGUCGAAGGGUAGUCCUUGGACUUGUGCUUUGGAUGGCCCAUCUUGUCUGGGACAGGGGCCUGCACAGUGGGAGGAAUGCAGCCAAACUCGUUGAUGGCAUGUGCCUACCACCUCUGUCGUUCCUGUCCCCCAAAAGGUUCGAAGUCCUUGCCUAUGACAUGGAUGAACCUCUCUCCACCAAAGUCUUCCCAAGUUCUGAUGAAAUCAGCUCACUUCCUAUCUACCCUGCUGAAGUUAGGCAUAUGUCCAACGAAUCCCUCAAUAUUCAAUUCAGUCUUCAUCCCAAUUCGGACUCAAAAUCCAAGGGAAGUAUCCUGCUCUCAGCUGAUUCCCAUGGACAUCUCCUUGUUGGAGAUCUGCAGUCCCAACUUCCAAAGUGCAUUAUUUCAUCUAUAUUCAAGCCCAAUGCUACCCUCUCCUCAGUCUUAUCCUGUGCCCCUUCACUUGUCUCUAACCAACAGUGUGGGAGGAAUGCAGCCAAACUCAUUGAUGGCAUGUGCCUACCACCUCUGUCGUUCCUGUCCUCCAAAAGGUUCGAAAUCCUUGCCUCUGACAUAGAUGAACCUCUCUCCACCAAAGUCUUUCCAAGGUCUGAUGAAAUCAGCUCACUUCCUAUCUACCCUGCUGAAGUUAGGCCCAUGUCCAACCAAUCCCGGAAGAUUCAAUUCAGUCUUCAUCCCAAUUUGGACUCAAAAUCCAAGGGAAUUAUCCUGCUCUCAGCUGAUUCCCAUGGACAUCUCCUUGUUGGAGAUCUGCAGUUCCAACUUCCAAAGUGCAUUGUUUCAUCUAUAUUCAAGCCCAAUGCUACCCUCUCCUCAGUCUUAUCCUGUGCCCCUUCGCUUGUCUCUAGCCAACAGUGUGGUACCUUAGUGGUGAUUGGUGGCACAUUUGAUAUUGCUCAAUAUCACAUUCCCAGAGAAAAUAAUCCAGAUGGGACAUGUGAAGGGCUAUAUGAAGGAGAAGAUCUUUAA